AUGGCUUUCAUUUACGGAUCCAUUCAUUGUCUGCUGAAAAGCGGUGCGAAGAUUGGUUCGCCUAUUAAGACAUGUGCUGUGGGUUUGUCUCAAUGGAGUCCACAGUUUGCGGAACCGGUUUUGGAGACUCUUAGACUGGAAGAGAUGCAGGAAUCGGGAGAAUUGCAUGAAUUGGCGUUCAAACCAAUCAAAGCGCGCCAAUCGUCGCACUCUUGUUCACUAUUUUAUGAUAAUCUGUUGAAUCGGUUCAUAAGUAAAGCGCAUCUGAAGGGCGAGAAGACAAUGAUGAGAGAUCUCAUGAGACAGGCGUUUGGUGUCAUGAAAGGCAUUCAAAUGGACAAAUGCAACGCCCAAGACAUGGACAAAGAGCACAUCCAAUGCGAUCCUUUGGUCAUAUUUCAUACGGCGAUCGCCAACUGUAGGCCAAUGAUCAUCACUCGACCCAUUAAGAGAGGCGGCGCUACAUAUCAAGUGCCCUAUCCUUUGAAAGUGAAGGAAUCCGAAGAUAUGGCGAUGCGAUGGAUAAUACACGCCGUCAGAGAUCGACCCAAACCUCGGAAGACAUUCUUCCCGGAAGUGAUGGCUAAAGAGCUGAUCGACGCCUUCUAUAACGAGGGAAAGGUUGUCAAAAAGAAACAGGACGUCCACCGCGUCUGUGACGCCAACAGAGCCUACGCUCACUACCGAUGGGGUUAA